GUCGAGUUGGCUGACAUGGUUAUUGUAACAAAAGCCGAUGGUGAAUUGAUGAAAGCAGCAAAUCAUAUGAAAGCAGAAUACCUCAGUGCAAUGCGCUUUCUCAAACGACAAUCAAAGAUAUAUUACCCCAAGGUCCAUCUCAUUUCUUGCCAAGAAAACAGGGGAAUUAAUGAAAUAUGGGAAGAGAUGCGUGGCUUCAGACAGAUAAUGCAGGAGUCGGGACACUUUGAAUCAAAACGACAUCACCAACAGAAAGCCUGGAUGUGGAAUCACAUUCGACAUCAAAUACUGUCCAGCUUCAGACGACAUCCUGCGGUACAGGAAUCCUAUGCAAAGUAUGAAGAGCUGGUUGUUGAUGGUGUGUUGACACCGGGAGCAGCUGCAGACAAGUUACUUGCAUGCUUUCUGGAUGACAGACGAGCAAAUGAGAGUGAAGCCAAGAAAUAGUGAAAUCCCAGUCUUGUCUAAUGUUUAGACACAUGGACACGUAUCUGCGUAUAUUUUGAACAAUUUCAAUAAAAUCACCGGUGAGC